UAAAGAGAGAUUUGCAUUUACAUUUCUAGGGUUGUCACCAAAUCUUAUCACAAUGGCAGACGCAGCAGAGAAGAAGAUCCUCACAGCAGAGGAGCUCGAGCGGAAGAAGAAGAAGGAUGAAAAGGCUAAAAAAAAGGAGUUGAAAAAGCUCAAAGCUGAAGAGAAGUCGAAGCAGGCUGAACUUAAGGCAAAAGAGGCUAAAGAUGUCCCUAAGAAGAGCACAAAGAAGAGUUCCAAAAGGGAUGCACCUGAAGAGAAUCCUGAGGAUUUUGUGGACCCUGAGACUCCUGAUGGUGAGAGGAAGAGGCUCUCUUCACAUAUGGCUAAGCAGUACAGUCCUGCUGCCGUAGAGAGAGCAUGGUAUGCUUGGUGGGAGAGAGCUGGUUUUUUUAUUGCGGAUGCUAAGAGUUCCAAGCCAGCAUUUGUUAUUGUUCUUCCUCCUCCAAAUGUGACUGGAGUCUUGCAUAUAGGCCAUGCCCUAACUGCUGCAAUUCAGGAUUUGAUUGUUCGUUGGAAGAGAAUGUCUGGGUUUAAUGUACUGUGGGUGCCAGGGAUGGACCAUGCUGGUAUAGCUACACAGACUGUGGUUGAGAAAGAUCUCCAGCGUACAGGGUUGACUAGGCAUGACCUUGGCCGUGAAGAAUACAUAAAGGAAGUGUGGAAGUGGAAGGAAGAAAAUGGUAGCAAGAUUCUAAUACAGCUACGACGUCUAGGAGCUUCUCUUGAUUGGUCUCGUGAGACCUUUUAUCGUCACUUGUAUCCCUCUGGUCUAUAUAUGUGUGUUUAUGUCACUGAGGCCUUUGUACGCUUUUACAAGGAAGGCCUUAUCUACAGGGAUAUUAGGCUUGUUCAUUGGGAUUGUCAUUUGAAAACAGCUGUAUCUGACGAUGAGGUUGAGCAUAUCGAUAUCAAAGAAAAAACGCUACUAAAAGUGCCUGGCUAUGACAAGCCAGUAGAGUUUGGUCUCAUUACUUCAUUUGCUUACCCUCUGGAGGGAGGCUUGGGCGAGGUUGUUGUUGCCACCACAAGGGUGGAAACAAUGCUUGGAGAUACCGCCAUUGCGAUUCAUCCUGAUGAUGCAAGGUACACCCAUCUCCAUGGGAAGUUUGCUGUGCACCCAUUUAAUGCACGCAGGCUACCAAUCAUAUGCGAUGGAACGCUUGUUGAUCCAGGGUUUGGUACUGGUUGUGUUAAGAUUACUCCUGCUCAUGACCCCAAUGAUUUUAAGCUCGGAAAGCGUCACAAUCUUGAGUUUAUUAACAUAUUCACUGAUGAUGGAAAAAUCAACACAAACGGCGGGGCUGACUUCACAGGGAUGCCACGCUUUGCAGCACGUGAGGCAAUUGUUGAAGCUUUGAAAAAACAGGGACUAUACAGAGAUGCACAAAACAAGGAAAUGAGGCUUGGUCUUUGCCAAAGAACCAGCGAUGUUAUUGAGCCUAUGAUUAAACCUCAGUGGUACGUCAAUUGCAGCACGAUUGCAAAGGAGGCUCUCGAUGUUGCCACCAGUGAUGAAAACAAGAAGCUAGAAUUUAUACCAAAGCAGUACACUGCAGAGUGGAGAAGAUGGCUAGAGAACAUACGUGACUGGUGCAUCUCAAGACAGCUUUGGUGGGGCCACAGGAUACCAGCAUGGUACGCCACUCUCGAGGAAGAUCAGCUCAGGGAGAUUGGCGCGUACAACGACCAUUGGGUUGUUGCUAGAACCGAGGAAGAAGCUCGGAAAGAGGCUGCUGAAAAGUUCUCUGGGAAGAGGUUUGAUCUAGCCCAAGAUGAUGAUGUGCUUGACACGUGGUUUUCUUCUGGGAUCUUUCCUUUAUCUGCUCUGGGAUGGCCUGAUGAAACGGACGAGUUCAAAGCCUUUUACCCAACAUCUGUCCUAGAAACUGGACAUGAUAUUCUCUUCUUUUGGGUCGCUCGCAUGGUUAUGAUGGGAAUGAAACUAAGUGGGGACGUUCCAUUCAGCAAGGUUUAUUUGCAUCCUAUGAUACGCGAUGCACAUGGGCGUAAGAUGUCAAAGUCUCUUGGAAAUGUUAUUGACCCGAUUGAAGUAAUAGACGGGGCAACUCUUGAGGCGCUUCAUGAGAGAUUAGAAAAGGGUAACUUGGAUCCAAGAGAGCUGGUUGUUGCCAAAGAAGGACAAGUGAAAGACUUUCCUAACGGUAUUUCUGAAUGUGGUGCUGACGCUCUUCGGUUUGCACUCGUCUCUUACACUGCUCAGUCUGACAAAAUAAACUUGGACAUUCUCCGUGUGGUGGGCUACCGUCAGUGGUGUAACAAGCUGUGGAACGCGGUCAGGUUUGCCUUGAUAAGGCUUGGCGACGGUUAUUCCCCUCCGGUGGCUGUCAGCCCCGAAACGAUGCCGUUCAGCUGCCAGUGGAUUCUCUCUGCGCUAAACAAGGCCAUAUCGAAGACGGUGGAGUCGCUGAAUGCAUUUGAGUUCUCGGAUGCAGCCAACACGGUAUAUGCAUGGUGGCAAUAUCAGUUCUGUGAUGUGUUCAUUGAAGCUAUCAAGCCUUAUUUUGUUAACCCUGCUCUGGCUUCAGAUAGAGCUCACGCACAACAUGCGCUCUGGGUGACUCUGGAGACUGGUUUGAGACUGCUUCACCCGUUUAUGCCGUUUAUUACUGAAGAGCUGUGGCAACGGCUGCCUUCACCAAAGGACUCUGAAAGAAAGGCUUCUAUUGUGAUAUGUGACUACCCAUCUGCUAUAGAGAAUUGGACAAAUGAGAAAGUGGAGACUGAAAUGGAAACCGUUCUAGCGAGCGUGAAGUGUCUGAGGGCACUCCGGGCUGAGUUGCUGGAGAAACAGAAAAACGAAAGGUUACCUGCUUUUGCUCUGCGUGAAAACAACAUAACAUCGGAGAUUGUAAAAUCUCACGAGUUGGAGAUCAGGACUCUUGCAAACCUAUCGUCCUUAGAGGUUCUGUUGAAGGGAGAAGACGCAGCUCCAGCCGGUUCUGCAGUUGAGACGGUGAACGAGAACCUCAAGGUGUAUCUCAGAGUGGACAGGGCCAUUUACGUAGAAGCUGAACAAGAAAAGAUCAGAAACAAGAUUGCCGAACUACAAAAACAAAAGGAGAAGCUACAGAUGAUGAUGAGUGCGUCAGGGUACGAAGAGAAGGUCCCUGCGAACAUUAAAGAAGACAACGUCGCAAAGCUCGCCAAGAUUCUCCAAGAAUUCGAUUUCUUUGAGAAGGAAAGUGCUCGUCUCGUUGCAGAGGGAAAUGAACAAAUGAAGCAGAAGUGAGAAACACAAAGCUACAGUUUCUGUCUGGAAAAAAGACAUAAGCAUAUGAAACAUUUAUUUGAGGUUUGAAAAACUAUAUGUAUGAAAUGAUAUUAUUCUGGAACCGGUAUUGACU